UAAUCUUUUUCCUUCCCUCCCUUUCCCUUUUCUCUCUUUUCCUCAAGACUCUUUCCUCUCAAGUCUCAAUUUCAAUCCAACCCCAAUUCAUCAAAAUCUCUCUUUGCCACAUUGCCACUACUUCUUUGAAUUCUCUUUCUUUUCUAAUGUAAUUCACAUAUCAUAGCCAUUUUGCUUCUAGUUUCAAGGACAUAUAAAACACUUAAACCAAACCAAAAGCAAAAAAAACUACCUCAAAAUUAAGUUCAUUUUGUUGUCUCAUAAUUCAUCAUAACAUUAUGGAAAACCAAUUCUUUUUAAAUGCUGGAUUUGAACCUUACCAAACCCAAGAUUGUUUUUUCAACCCAAAUUGGGACAAGUCAACGGACCAAAACCUUAACUAUGAUUCAACACUUAGUUCAAUUGUCUCAUCCCCAGCAGCUACAUCAUCACCAUCAAAUCCCAACAUGUCCAAUGAAAAUUUUGUCAUGAGAGAAUUAAUAGGAAAAUUGGGAACUUUUGGUGAGAUCUCACAACAUUCUUCUAACCCUUUGGUUCUACCAAUGAUGUCUAGAGUGGCAGAAUUUUCACCUGAUCCUGGUUUUGUUCAAAGGGCUGCAAAAUUUUCUUGCUUUGGUAGCAAGAGUUUCAAUGAAAGAGGUAACCAAAUGGUGAUGAACAAUGUUGAAUUAGCUCAAAGAUCUCAUAAUUUAAUGGAAAAUGGAAUGAAGUUAUCAAGAGUUUCAAGUAGUCCAUCACUCAAAACAUUUGGAUCUCAAAUGGUUAAUCAUGAGAACAAGAAUUCUUCAUUGCAACAAGAAAAUGAGAAAAUGGAAGUGGCUAAUUCUCAAGAAGAAUCUACAAUAUCUGAGCAAAAUACACCAAAUGGUGAAAUUGGUGUCAAAGCUUCACCUGAUAUGAAUUCAAGGAAAAGAAAAGCUUCUUCUUCCAAAGGAAAAGCACCAAACUCUACCAAUCCUACGAAGGGUGUUGAAGGUAGUGGUGAAGACUUCAAUGCAAAGAAAAUUAAGGCAAAUGAGGGUGAGAGAAAUGAAAAUGGUGUCAGGAAUAUGGAGGAAGAGAUCAAAGAAGGUACACCAAAUGCAGGGGAAGAAAAACAGAACAAGAGUGACUCAAAACCUCCUGAACCUCAAAAAGAUUACAUUCAUGUCAGAGCAAGAAGAGGUCAAGCUACUGACAGUCACAGUCUUGCAGAACGAGUAAGGAGGGAGAAAAUAAGUGAGAGGAUGAAACUUCUCCAAGAUCUUGUACCAGGUUGCAAUAAGGUUACUGGAAAAGCACUUAUGCUUGAUGAAAUUAUAAAUUAUGUUCAGUCAUUGCAGCGUCAAGUUGAGUUUUUGUCUAUGAAAUUGUCUUCAGUGAACACAAAGAUGGAUUUAAGUAUUGAAAGUCUUGUUGUAUCAAAAGAUAUAUUUCAAUCAAAUAAUUCUUUGCAAAACUCAAUAUUCCAAUUAGAUUCCUCGGUACCAUCCUUUUAUGGGCAACAACCCCAGCAAAACCAAGCUAUUCAUAAUAACAUCCCUAAUACAAAUGGGUCCCACUGCUCAGUGGAACCAUUGGAUUCUUCUUUGUGCCAUAAUAUUGGCAUGCAUUUACCUUUCCUAAAUGGAUUUAAUGAAGGUGGCUCUCAGCAGUAUCCAUUAACAUUCUCUGAGGAGGACUUAAACACCGUUGUUCAGAUGGGAUUUGGCCAAACUUCAAACAGGAAUACACCAAUACACUCCCCAAGUUUCAACGGUUCAAAUCAAUCAACACAAAUGAAAAUUGAGCUCUAAUCACCUUUCAUUACGCCUCAAUUGAAGCCCUAGAGGAUCAAGAAAACUGCUGUAUACAACAAAAGAUUUAAUUCCAACAACCCUAUGAAUUAUAAUUAAGCCAUUAUUGAUUAGGUCUGUCCAAUAUAUAGAACCUUUGUUAGUUUUUUAAGCUAGUCAUUUUACAUUUUAUUUUUUUCCCUUUAUAUUAUUUCAGUUUCUAUUCUUCUGGGCAAUUUUUUUCCCUCUAUUUUACAAAUUAUUCAAUGUAAAAUCUUAGGAUUGAUUCUGUAUUGUAUGGUGCAAAUUAUCAGUGUUAUAUUGCACCAAUGUAUCAUUGCUUAAUUAAAGUAAAAAAAUUCAAUUAGCUUUCA